GCUAUGUCGUCGGAGUACUCCUUCUGUAGCGAGGGAGGUUUCGACGAACUCUCGAGCUCCUCCGAUUCCGGUUUUGACGUGAGUUUCGAAUCACCGAAACAUGAAGUACCAACCGACACUCUCUUUCCUCCGACUAAAGAAGAGAAGCGCAAAAAAACGCGAAACACUCGUUGCAAAAGUCCCACGCAGGUGCUGAGACUGAAGAGAAACCGGCGGAUAAAGGCGAACGACCGCGAACGUCACAGGAUGCACACUUUAAAUGACGCUUUGGAACGCCUGAGAAUGGCCCUGCCGACGUUUCCCGAAGACACGAAAUUGACAAAGAUAGAAACGCUCCGUUUCGCGCACAAUUACAUCUGGGCGCUGUCGCAAACCCUUGGCAAUUCCGAGGGUGGCGAGAUCACGGUCAACGUCGGCAACGUCACCGUCAGCAUCAGCGAGAACGGCAACAUGAUCACCUCGUCGACCGGAAGCUGCGCGGUGGCAGCCCAGAAGAGACUCGGGCCCCAGCAUACCACGGGCUUCCCGUACUCGCCUCAGGAGCGAUUUGUCGCACCGGAAUGGCAGGAGUACGACUGCUACAGCGAUCAGAGCGUAAGUCCGCCGAUGCAGUACCAGCCCUGUUACGAUCAGAGGAUGUACCAGGUUCAUCGUCCUCAGCAUCAGCUGCCACUGCCGCCGCCUCAUCAUCACAUGCCUCAUCACAAUAAUAUGUAUCAGUGUCUUUAGAUAUGUCGACGGAGUGUACACAACGUU